UUCUUCACUCGCACUCACGGGCACCGGUCUCGUUCUUUCGCGUUGUAAUAUCGUCCUCGUUGAGUUGCCCUCUAAACCAAAUUGCAGGUUACCGGCUCGAAGAGAUGUUGACACGGAUAGUUUCCCGGCUUGGUGCCGUUCGUCAGACGAUCAUCCAUCAGGCUCAGAGAAACAUCGGAGUGACAGCUGUAGCGGCGAAGAAGACUGACCCCAUCCAGCAGCUUUUCGUAGAUAAAAUCAGGGAAUAUUCACAAAAGAGCAAGUCUGCUGGAGGCAAGCUGGUAGAUGCCACACCCAAUGUGGAACAGAGUCUCAAGGAGGAGCUGGAGAAGAUUGACAGAAUAUUUGGAGCAACUGGCAAAGAUAUGACCCAGUUCCCAACCUUCAGCUUCGCAGAUCCUGAUUUGGAUGUUCUUGGCUUGGGAGAAGUUAAGGAAGCGCAGCAGGUUGUUAAAGAAUCAGUUGUAGCUGAUGCGCAGGAAGAAGACAAUACACCAUACUUUGAUUAUUAGAGAAAUAUUGACUUUAGAGCAUUUCGUUACCCACAGCUGCUGUGCAGUGCCUUCAUGCCUGCACAUGUUGUCAUGGUGAUAAGAGCUAGUUGCUAAGCGAUGCUGUCAUUGAAACUAAAUUUGGAUGCCAGGCAGUGUUUACCUUAAUUUGGUAGUUGUAUUGUUAUGGUAACCAAUUGUGGUUGAGUGGUAGUGUUGCCUUGGCAACAUGGCACACAUGGAAUUAGUGUGUAUUUAUGUUAAUGUUGUGGAAGAUUCAUUUGACAGAAAACUCUUGUGAGAAUGUGUAAAUAGAAUGGAAAAUAAACUUUUCACAAAUUU